AUGGCGGCCUCUCCAAAGUCUCUUCUCUUCAUCUCCCUCCUCUUACUCUCAUCCAAUCUCUCUCACUCCUUCUUCCUCUUAAACUAUUUCAGCCUCGUUUCCCUCUCCCACUCCCUCAUCUCCCGCGUCGCCUCCGUUCGAUCCGCCCGCGGCGACACCGAGGGGGCGGCCCGCAACUUCGAGGCCGGCGGCCUGCGCCUCUACAAGUACGCUUGGAAAGUCGGACGCGAUUUCAUGAAGAAUUACGCGUGGAGCGACGUCGUUCGCGACCUCGGCGGCGUAGCAUCCGAUUUGAAAGAGUUGUUACGGGUUUUGGGCGAAUUGAUCCGGGUUCGGUCCGAGCCGGAGACCGUCGCCUGGGCUGGUCGAAUUUACGAAAAGGCCCUUACCGUUUCGAAGUCGCUCUUCGCUCGACUCCUCAAAAUUUUCAGUCGAUCUGGGCCAAUGCAGGAUUUUGUGGUGAGCCUUCAGGAAGAAGUGUUGGAGGGUGAUCUGCUUAGGGACUGUUUGGAGUUGGGGGCGGGUGAUCUUAAGAGUUUGAUGCAAAUCAUCAAGGGCAUUGCAUCCAUGUUCUUCCCUACUGCUCCCAAAGAUGAACUGUAAAAGAUGCUUUGCUAGUUUUGUGUUUGCUUUUGACCGAUGAAGGGUGUUUUCGCGUAAUUUGUAUGUCCUGGUUUUUUCCUUUCUGGGACUGAGGGAGGCUGGAUGAGAUAGAUAUUUUUCCAUUUAUGUUUCCUAUGAACUUAGUAUAACUUGUUUUUUGUGUUUCAUCAAGUUAUUAAUCAUAUGUUUUCUUGACAA